CACAGAAUCCGAAGCAGGCUCCAGACCCUGAGCUGUCAGCACGGAGCCCGACACGGGGCUCAAACCCACGAACCACAAGAUCAUGAUCUGAGCCAAAGUUGGAUGCUUAACCCACUGAGUCACCCAAGCACCCCUUGACCUACAGACUUGCUUCUGAAUAGACCAUAGCACAAGUGAUGAGAUGCCUAUUCUGAGAUUAGGCUAUAAAUGACUGUGACUUCUCUAUUGCUUGCUCCAUUUUUCUCUGAUGAAGCAAACUGUAAAUCAUGAACUGUCCUAUGGACAGGCCCAUGUGACAAAGAGGUGAAGGCAGCCUCUAGCCAACAGCAAUGAAGGAAUUGACUCCUCCAAGAAUCAUGUUAGUGAGCUUGGAAGUAGGCCCUUCCCUAAUCUAGCUUUCAGGUGAGAUUGCAGCCCCUGUUGGCAUCUUGGUUACGUUUUAAGAGAGACCCUAAACAAAGGAUCCAACUAAGCUAUGCCUGAAUUUCUGCCCAGAGGCACUGUGAUAAAAUACAUGUAUGAUGUUUAAGACACUAGCAGUAAUAGAUAACUAAUAUAAAUCUAUAUACAGAAAAGCACACAUAAGUGCAUGGCUUGAUGAACUUUUAUAAACUGAACAUUCCUGUGAAACAAGUAGGUAGAUGAAGAAACAGAAACUUAUCAGAAUCCUAGAAAACCCUACUCAUAUUAGCUUGUAGUAGUCAUUAGCUGAACUGUCCUGUUCCCCUUCCCUGGUCAAAAAUAACCUCUAUCCUGACUUCUGAGAGCAUACAUUUGCUUUGCUUGUUUUGGUACCUUAUGUGAAUGGAGUCAUACAAUAUGUAAAAUAUCUUUUUUUGAGCAGAUUCUCAGAUCCCUUGAUACAUUUAGAACCACUGAGAUGCAUGGAAAGAGAGCCAAUGAUUGACAUGUUUGUCACUAGUUAUCAAUCACUGUCUUGAUCUGAGAGUAGGUGAUUUGAUUUUAGAAGAGAAAUAUUGGUUACUGGACAGAAAUCAUUCUAGAAAAGGAGGAGCAAUUCAUUCAGUGACCAUGGUUUUGCAGCCAUGUUCAGUGAGUUAGUUCCUUUUGUGGUGGGUCUCUGCUCCCCAUGCUAUUUUUUGUCUAUAAUUUGAUUUCCUGAGAAACCAAGCCCGGAAAAAAAUAACCACAAUUAGCCAUAUUUAAAACUCUCCAUGAACCAACACCCCAGUGUUUGGGGUUUUAUUUAGUCUUUCACAAGGUUGGUUAGUGGGAGUCAGAGCCCCUAGAAUAUGAUUAACACCAGAUGUAAUAAGACUGAAUAUCUAAGGGCACCUGGCUGGCUCAGUUGGAAGAGCAUCCAACUCUUAAUCUUGGGGUUGUAAAUUUGAGUCCCACAUUGUGUACAGAGAUUACUAAAGAAAAUAAAUAAUGCUUUUAAAAAAAGACUGAAUUUCUAGAUCUAGUUGCUAAUAAUAAUGGCAGUGUGCUUACUAUGAUUUAGGUUCUAUGUUAAACACUUUACAUAUAUCACUUAAAAACAAGCACACCCUUAUGUAGUUAUUAUUUAGAUAUUUUGUAAAUGAGGAAACAGAGAUUAAUCAACUAGCCUAAGAUCAUGCCCAGAUCAUAUAGCUAGUCAGAGGCCAACUGGGGAGUCACAUACAGUUUCAUUCACUUCCACUUUGAGUUUUUAGCUACUGAACUGUAGUACCCCACAGAGCUCAAGAUCAAAGUCUUCUUGUGACAGUGAAGAUCCACUUGAGUAGUCAGCUAUGUUCCUUAUCCCUGCCAUUUAUCUGUCCAUCCAUUCAGUGAUCUGUUUAAUCACCAUUUAUCUACCUGCUAUGGUCUGAAUGUUUGUGUCCCUCCAAAAUUCAUAUGUUGAAAUCCUAAACCCUCAUGUUGAUGGUAUUAACAGAUGGGGGUCUUUGGAAGGUGAUUAGGUCAUGAGGGUGGGACCCUCAUGAAUGAGAGAAGUAAAAGAGGCCCAAGAGAGCUCCCUUGUCCCUUCCUACCAUGCGAGUAUAUCAGAAGUCUGCAACCUGGAAGAGGGCUAUCACCCAAACCAUGGUGGCACCCUGAGCUUGUACUUCCAGUCUCCAGAACUGUAGGAAAUACAUUUCUGUUGUUUGUAAGCUACCCAGUCUGUGGCAUUUUGUUCUAGAAGACUGAAUGGAUUAAGACAUCAUCCAACCUUUCAACCAUCCAUCCAACCCUCAUCCAUUCAUCUAACCAUCCAUCUAAUCUCAGAUACCAUGUGGCUAUCCAUUCCAUAAACACCAAGGGCUUCUUCUAUGCUGAUUCUAUGCCAGGAAGAGGCUGAAUGCAGGGUUGACUAGGAUACAACAGCUUAGGUUCCCAAUAGACUUGAAACUCCCUGAGGGUAGAAUCUCUUGUUUUUAUAUCUUCAGUACAUAAAAUAUGAUUUGGCUCUGUAUUCCUUUCCAAUCUUAUUUCACCAAGCUAUGUUCUUGCUCAUUCCUCUUCAACAACACUGGUCUCUUUCUGUUUCUGGAAUGAAUUAAGCCCCCUUUGGCCUAAGGACUUCAGCAAUUGCUGAAGUCAUACAACAGUCAAUAACUGGCUCUGUCUUAUCCUUUGCAUUUUAGUUAAAAUGUCUUAUCACCAGAGGGACUUUUUCUGACCACCUUAUCUAAAGAAGACACUCUCUGCCCCCUGCUAGAAAUGAUUGCUUAUCACUCAUCCUGUUUUUUUUAUGGCAUUUCUCACAAUCUGUAAUCAUCUUGUUUACUCAUUGCUUAUUUUCUAACUCCCUAAUUAGAAAAAUAAGCCCCAGGAGGCCAGGCAUUAAGUUUCUUAUGUUCUUUCUACAUGCCUUCGGCCUGGUAAGCCCAGUAACUGGCACAUAGUAGGUCUUCAAUAUUUAUUUGUUGAAUAAAUGGAUGAAAGAUCUUCCCAGUAUUAACAAGCUUGAGGAGUACUACAAAACAAACCUGAAAGAUAGAGGAGGAACAGAGAGGGCCUUGACAGACAAGCAGAAGGGGUUACGCUUGAUGUGAACAUAGAGACCCAGUAGAGGCUCUUGGGUUGCAGGAUGAAAACGGUGAUUUAGAGGGAGGACUUGGUAUGCGGCAGUCUGCCAUAAAUGCUUAAUUUAAGCGAUUCACUGCAGCAUCUUGCGAUGAAUUACUGUAAGAGUUAAUCAGGUCCUAGGACCUGAGCUGCAUUUUUUUUCUUCUGAGAGGUUAUACAGUGUGGGAACUCAGCAUGGAUCUAGGAGUUUUAUAGAAUUAUAUGUAAUACUUAAUUGACUAUAGUGAAUUAUAGACCAAGUGGUCAUGGUGAAAACCCUGUAAGGUGGGAUCCAUGUCUGUUUACUGCAGGCAUCUGGCCUGCAGGAGAUAAAUUAUUUGUUCAAUGAAUGAGUGAGUGGAAUAGUCGUGCACCUUGGCAGAGGUGUGUUAGAUUGGACCUGCUGUUAGGCGUGUGACCUCUGAGAUCUUUAACCUGGCUAAGGGUCAGUUUUCUCAUCUGGAAAAGAGGGAGAGGAUUUAAUUCACAGGAUUUUAAAUGAGAGCUUAUGGGAAAAAUCUCUGACACAGACUGGACAGUCAGUAAUUUCAUUUCCUUCUGCUACUUUGGAGAUGCUAAACCUGCCCUGACUAGGAUUUCCUAUUGGCUUUUCCCAAGAGCCCCGUGACUUGAAAUAGAACAUAUGGUGAUAUUUAGUUUUUUCCAUUUUUGGUCCUUUUCAAUGUAAAAUUGGAAUUUUGUCCCUGAAAUUUACUAGCUGAGUGACCUCUUUGUGCUUCAAUUUAUCUCUAAAAUGGGUGUAAUAGUACCUACUUCAUAGAAGUAGCAUAAGGCUUAAAUGAGAUGCUAUAUUAAGGGUUUGUACUAGGGCCUGGUACACAGGUGCUCAAUAAUUGUUAGCUAUGAUUAUUUAGAAUUUCAUUUUUUUACUCCCCUUAAUACUGUCAACUUUUCUUUCCUCCCUCUGUUGGCAAUCGCAGUGCCUACAACCUCUUCUGGAGAAUAGGCUGAUUCUGAGGUGCAAUCUGAAAUAAAUGGCUUCAGUAGAUUCUUCUAGACAUAACAAAUGAAGAGACUUAAAACAGGAAGAGCGUUAAGGUGGGAGCAUUAGGACACUGAAAAGAGUUUUUGAGCCUGUGGCAGAGAGACCAGGAAAGAAAAAGGUUUAAGCAAGGAACCAGGUGCGUCCACUUUCCAGUGAAUUUGGAGACAGCAAACAAUGUUCACAUGUAAGCCCCUAAAUGCCUCAGGACUGCUCUUUGGAACAUUCAUCAGCUGAACACAGUGUGCAUGGUGUCCCUCCUCUUUUCAUUAGCAUUUUCCUACUUUGAAAUAAGUAGGUGCAUUGUUCCUAGAAAGUGGAGAGAAGUCAAGGAAAACACUCCUGUGUGUGGGCUGGAGUGUCUGUGACGGGGUUAUGGAGAAUGUCUUGACAUCAUUCUAUCUCCAACACCUAGCACGGUUCCUACCCUAGUAGGAGCUCAAAACAUGUUUGAAGAAUUAUUUUCAAACUUUAGAUGGCCUUCCAAAGAAGCUUGUCGUGCGUACACGCGGCCGCAAGCAGGUCCGCGCCUAGAAAUAACAUUUAUUCUAAGGGCCUCCGCGCAGGGAUUCUUGGGAAGCUGUUCCCCUCGCAUACUCCCCUUACUCCUCCCCUCGGUCGCCUUUGAAAGAACUAGCACGCUACGUGAUUCUCUCCUUUAUCCCACCUCUGAAAGCCUGACUGAUAAUGGGCAAGAGCGUAGACCAACCAUAAAACUUUAGUUCCUCUUCCAGCCAAUAGAAAGAGGCGACAAGUAUGUGGCUCAGCUUUUGUGACUUCCCUCGUCCCCUCACUCCUCCUCUAAGAUUCAACAUUUGACAACUCAUCCCGCCAAUGAGAAGUUCCUACUCUGCAUGGAGGGGAGGGACUGACUGGGUGAUAGACGCCUGCACCUGGCCAAUGGAGUAUCACAAGUGCGGGAGGGGUAUAGGGCGCAACCAAUGGCGCGGUGCCAAUAACGAGCAGCAGAAAAGGGCGGGACGAAACUGUUCAAGGGAGGGAGGGGAAGGCCCAGGGAACCAAGCAGCGCUGCUGCCGCCGCUGCAGCCCGAGCUGGAGGAGGGAGAAGCCAGGAAGAAAAUGGCGGCCGUGGCUGCAGAGGCGGCAGCGACUGCAGCGUCCCCCGGGGAGGGGGGCGCCGGCGAGGCCGAGCCGGAGAUGGAGCCCAUCCCCGGCAGCGAGGCUGGCACUGACCCCCUCCCGGUCACGGCGACUGAAGCAUCUGUGCCGGACGGCGAGGCCGACGGGCAGCAGUCUUCUCCCCAGGCCGACGAGCCGCCGCUCCCGCCGCCACCGCCGCCGCCGGGGGAGCUCUCCCGCAGCCCGGAGGCGGCGGGGCCAGAGCUGGAAGCUGAGGAGAAGCUGCCCGCUCGGGUGGCGGAGCCGGCGGCAGCCGCGCCUCAGGGAGGGCCCGAGCUUCCACCUUCCCCUGCACCGCAGCCCGAGCAGCCCCCCGCUCCCGAGGAGCGCCAGGAACCGCCGCUGCCCCAGCCCGCAGCCCCGGCGCUCGUGCCGCCGGCGGGCGGGGACUCCGCGGUGUCGCAGCUGAUUCCCGGCUCGGAGGUGCGGGUCACGCUGGACCACAUCAUCGAGGACGCGCUCGUCGUGUCGUUCCGUCUAGGGGAGAAGCUCUUCUCCGGUGUCCUCAUGGAUCUGUCCAAAAGGUUUGGGCCCCAUGGGAUCCCUGUGACAGUAUUUCCCAAAAGGGAAUAUAAGGACAAACCUGAAGCCAUGCAGCUCCAAAGUAAUACAUUCCAAGAAGGGGCGGAAGUCCAGCGUGAAGUGAGCGGUGCUGUUCCUGAUGACUCUUCUCCAGUCUCGCCUCCCGAGCCGAGCCUGGCUGAAAGCCUGUGGACUUGCAAACCACCACCUCUCUUCCAUGAAGGAGCACCUUAUCCUCCCCCUUUGUUUAUCAGGGACACAUAUAACCAGUCAAUACCUCAGCCACCUCCUCGGAAAAUCAAGCGACCCAAACGAAAAAUGUACAGGGAAGAGCCUACUUCAAUAAUGAAUGCUAUUAAACUACGACCCAGGCAAGUCCUGUGUGACAAAUGUAAAAACAGUGUUGUUGCUGAAAAAAAGGAAAUUAGAAAAGGUAGCAGUGCAAGUGACUCUUCUAAAUAUGAAGACAAGAAACGGAAAAACGAAAGUGUAACUACUGUGAACAAAAAACUGAAAACUGACCAUAAAGUGGAUGGGAAAAACCAAAAUGAAAGCCAGAGAAGAAAUACUGUGGUUAAGGUUUCCAGUAUUGCUCACAGCAGAGGCAGAGUAGUCAAAGUUUCUGCUCAGGCAAAUACAUCAAAAGCUCAGUUAAGUACUAAAAAAGUGCUCCAGAGUAAGAACAUGGAUCAUGCAAAAGCUCGGGAAGUGUUGAAAAUUGCCAAAGAAAAGGCACAGAAGAAGCAGAGCGAAACCUCUACAUCCAAAAAUGCACACUCAAAAGUCCAUUUCACACGUCGAUAUCAGAGUCCUAGCUCAGGUUCCCUUCCACCCCGGGUUCGUUUAAAACCACAGAGGUACAGGAACGAAGAGAAUGACUCUUCUUUGAAGACAGGACUUGAGAAAAUGCGGAGUGGCAAGAUGGCACCCAAGCCCCAGUCUCGCUGCACCUCCACCCGCUCAGCAGGUGAGGCCCCUUCAGAAAAUCAGAGUCCCUCAAAAGGCCCCGAAGAGGCCAGCAGUGAGGUUCAGGACACCAAUGACGUGCUUGUGCCUGGUGAGCGGGAUGAACCACAGACACUGGGCAAAAAGGGCAGCAAAAGCAGUAUCUCUGUUUACAUGACCCUAAAUCAAAAGAAACCUGACUCUUCCAGUGCUUCCGUGUGUAGCAUUGAUAGCACAGAUGAUUUGAAAUCCUCCAACUCUGAGUGUAGUUCUUCUGAAAGCUUUGAUUUUCCUCCAGGCAGUAUGCAUGCACCUUCCACCUCCUCCACUUCCUCCUCUUCAAAGGAAGAGAAAAAGCUCAGUAAUUCCUUGAAAAUGAAAGUCUUUUCCAAAAACGUCUCUAAAUGCGUCACACCAGAUGGCAGGACCAUAUGUGUAGGGGACAUUGUUUGGGCCAAGAUCUAUGGCUUUCCUUGGUGGCCAGCCCGUAUUCUUACUAUAACUGUGAGCCGGAAAGAUAGCGGCCUUUUAGUCCGACAGGAGGCCCGUAUUUCAUGGUUUGGGUCUCCAACAACCUCUUUUCUUGCUCUUUCGCAACUCUCCCCCUUUUUAGAAAACUUCCAGUCACGCUUUAAUAAGAAGAGAAAGGGCCUGUAUCGCAAGGCUAUCACAGAGGCGGCUAAGGCUGCCAAGCAGCUGACCCCUGAAGUGCGGGCUCUGUUGACACAGUUUGAAACGUGAACAUGGACAGUAAGGUAGGCAAGAACCAUCGGAAGGCGCCACAGAUUUUCUAGUCUAGUUAGGAGUAACUUCUACAAAAUAGCUUGGCCAAAUCGGAGAGAGAAAUUGUACUCAGUUGGCUGCUUUUUUAUACUUACCUUAUAGCCAUUUUUAGACUGAGAAGCUAAAAUUGAACAAGCAAUCAAUUUGUCUUAAGGAAGUGAGAUUUCAGCAGUAUUUUUCAGUUUUGAAGUCAAACCAUCCCAAGGCAUAGGAGCCAUAGCCUCAACUGAAAAUGAAUUUUUGCAGGGACUGUUAAUUGCCAUUUGUACCUUGUACUGUAUGUGUGUAUAUUUAUAUAUAUACACACACAUACAUAUAUGUGUGUAUAUGCAUACAUACAUAUAUACAUACAUACACACAUACACAUAUAUAUGUAUGUGUGUAUAUAUAUAUAUAAGAUAGAGCCUGUCACUAUGUGACACAGGUUGCAUAUUUGGGAUUGCAGUAAGGGCUGGUGAGCUGGGGGCGGGGGGUGGUAAUAGUGUGGAUAUUUAAUGACGUCUUGUUUUUAAUUAAUGAACACUUAGCCUUUCUAUGUGCAUAAUGGGCGCAAGAGUUUGAUACUUAGGUGUUUGACAGACUGAGAUGCUUGCUAUUCAGUUGCAGACUGGGGAAAGAGCCCGGUAUUUGGGGUUAAGACUUUCAAGGCUGACUAGGUUUUUGAAUCAUCACUCUCUUUUGUCCAAUGGGGAUUUAACAAAAACUUUCAAAUUUCUGGUUUGGGAGUUUAGGUAGGUUUGUCUUUGGAUGUGUAAAUAGUUGAUUGCUAAAUUUGGUCAGAUUUCUCCUGACUGGCUGUUCCUAAAUUCUUAGGAUACGUCCUGGUAAAUUACACUUUGUGAAUUAAUUGUCAUAUGUGUAAUUGUUGCAUUUUGGAUGUACCUAAUUUGAUAAUUUUUAAAAGAUAUUUCCGUUUAAGGUAUCUGUUUGCAGGUCAGAAAAUGAGAAAAUGUAAUUGUGUAAUGCUCUGAAAUGUAAAAAAAAAAAAAAAAAGCUGUAAAUAAAAUCGACUAAAUCCAAAUUAUUUGUGUGUGUUUCUCAAAAAGCUUUGAAAAAUUUCAAGAUGGUAGAAAAUUAUUUGUUAGUGUGUAGAGGAGAUGAAAAAAAUCAAACUUUUAUUUUCGUAUUUGUCCUAUCAGAGAAAAUAUCUGAGUAUAGAUGAAAUUCAAGUAAGUGAUCCUCAUAAUCUUAAAAUGAAGUUUUAUAGCAUAUAGGUCUGAUGUGCUUCUAGAUUUGAGACACUCUUCCCGCCAAUUUCUCAUAAACGUGUGGGUUUAAUUUUCCUCAUUUUUAGCCUUAAUAUUUCAUCACAUGGUUCUUGUAAUUACAACCAGUCUCUCUUCCACCUGGUCUUCUGCCUCAGGUAUCCUUGCUUUUGGGGCUAGUAAUUUAGAUCACUGUUUUUCUACAUGGUCCAUGUAGAUUUAACUUUCCAUUUUUAGCUUUUCAUUGUUAGUGAAAAAUAGAUCUGAUUGCCUGUGGAGGCAAGUUUAUCCCAAGACUUUUCAAGUUGCUUUCAUUUUUUUGUGUGUGUCUAACUUACCUUUAAAUUUGAUGCAAUAUCAAUUUGACAUGGAAAAUUGAAAAUUUUAAGUAGAGCAACUUUUUGUGUAAUUCUAAGUAAUCCAAUUUGAAAUCUCUUAGUUACCUAUGGAAUUAAUGGAGAUUAAAAUCCAUAAUCUGUCAGCUUCCUUAAGGUUAUGGACUUCUAUGAUUUAUGCACUGAUUUCUGCAAAAGCAAGUAGAAUUUCUUCUGGGGAACUCAGUCAAUGCUUUUUGAUUAUAAUAAACACACAAUUGAAAAAAACAAUGUUGCACUUGAAUAGAACAUAUUCUUUCCUGCAAACAGAAACAACUAUACUAUUUUUAAAAUUCUUUGAUUAUAACAGGUUGAAAGACGUUCAUAGCGUGAUUGAGGGGUUUUAAGGAAUUAAAAUAUUUUUUUGGGUAUUUGUUUCAGAUUAAUGAACUUGUUCAUUCAGAUAUUUUUGAAAGUUUGAAAUCUAAGGUUCAGAAAGAUUUAAACAGGGCAAAGCAAAAAGUCCCUUAAAAUAUGUAAUUUCAAGGCUUCAUGUAAUGAUCCAGGUGAGUUUUAUCUUAACGCAGUGGGUUUGACUAUGGAUAUUGCUAAUAAAUAGUCAGAAGCUUUGGCAUAUGUGCUCUGGUUGCAUAAACCGAAUUUGAUUUAUUUCAGAAGCCAUGGAGAAAAAGAGUAACAAAGUCCUGGUUGUUGCGUAAAAUAACAUCGAAUUUUAUGUAGUCCGUACCACUGAGGGAAAUGUUGAAAUAUAAUCAAAUAUAAUCAGUAAUGUGCAUGAUCUCUAAUUAUCUUGCCAAAUACUCCCUCUGUUUUAACUGUGGCACAUUUCAUUUGAAGUUUCCAUAGGGGAAGAAGCUUUAAAGAACUGCUUAAUCUUAAAAUCUGUAUAUUCUAAACACUAACCCAACAGCUGCAUAGUAGUGUUUCAUUCAAAUGGAGAUUGAAAAAAAUUUUGAGUAUAGUUGACACACAGUGUUACAUUAGUUUCAGGUGUACAGCAUAGUGAUUCAUUUUCUCUGUACGUUAUACCAAAUAGAAAUUUCUUAAACAGCUUAAUGUAUCCAGUAGAGAUGGAGAUAGAGGUGAAUUGGAUCAUUGUAGCCAUUUUCCUUUUACAUUUUUCUUUAAAGUGGUCAAGAAGGAGGCAUGUACUCUUUGUAUGGAGAUAACCAAAAGUGUUUUUUUCCCCUGGCAGAGAGAAAACUAGGCUUAGGCCAAAUCACAUCUCCAGUGGUCUAAAAAAAAGUGGCUUAGAAUAAAGGAUUAACAAGGGGAGAAACCAAGUAAAAAUAAGAGGUGUAACAGCAAAAGAUAUCUUUAUUUCUAGAAUUGGUCAGAAAUUUAAAGCAUCAGAGUAUUUUUCUCUAGUUUCCCAGAACAGCCAAGUGUUAAUCUAAAAGGGGUAUCUUUUCGACUCAUUUAUAGAUGUGGAACCAGAGAUCAGCAAAAUAGGGAAAGUAGAAUUCAUUAGUCUGGAGCCCACUCAUAUGACCGGAUGGACAUGUAUGUCCUAUGUGCUUUUGAAGGGAAAAAUCUAUGAAUAGUAACUUUAAGUUCAUACUAAGUAGAAUAGACAAGAAUAUAGAUAUGAAGACAGACUGAAGGCAAAGAAAAUGAAAGUGCUACCAAAAUCAACUAAAUGUGUAUCUUCAUUAGUGGGUUUGAAUUUCUGACUUAACAAAAAUAUUGACUUGCACCCCUAUUUUGAACAGGUCAUACUUAACGUUGGUUAUGUUGAAGGAAAGAUACACAUUUGCAUUCCUUUACCUACAUAUACAAGUUCUUUAUAUAGAAUAACUGAAUUGGGAAUUAGAAAACAGGCCUACCUCAGAUACUGGGUUCGGUUCAGACCACCCAAUAAAGUGAGUCAUUAAUUUUUUGGUUUCUUAGUGCAUAUAUACAAGUUAUUUCUAUUCUGUUACAGUCUGUUAAGUGUGCAAUAGCAUUGUGUCUAAAUAAUGUAUAUCUUAAUUUAAAAAAUAGCUUUAUUGCCAAAAAUUGCUAACCAUCUGAGCUUUCAGUGGGUCUUUUUCCUGGUGUGGAGGGUCUGGGUUCAAUGUGGAUAGCUGCUGACCGAUCAGGGUGGUGGUUGCUGAAGGUUGGGGUGGCUGUGGCAAUUUUCUUAAAAUAAGAAAAUAGUGAAGUUUGCCACAUCGAUUGACUCUGCUUUUCAUGAACGAUUUAUCUCUUUGUGGCAUGUGAUGUUGUUAGAUGGCAUUUUACCCACAGAAGAACUUUCGAAACUGGAGUCAGUCCUCUCAAAGUCCGUUUAUCAGCUACGUUGAUGUCAUAGUCUAAAUCUUUUGUUGUCGUGUCCACACUCUUCACAGCGUCUCCACCAGGAGUAGAUUCCAUCUCAAGAAACACUUUCUUUGCUCAUCCAUAAGAAGCACCUCCUCAUCUGUU